GGCGGUGACGCGGGCUUCCGGUGUGCGCCAUGGCGGCGGCGCCACCGCCCGCUGCGCUCCGCCGUUGGGAACGGGAGCAGGCCCGGUUAAGAGCCAGCGUGGUCGAGGAGGACACGGAGCAGUGGCAGAAAGAGUCCAGCUUCCCGGGGCUGGAGCGGGUGGGAGGCGUGGACUUGUCUUACAUCAAAGGAGAUGAGAGCAGCGCCUGCGCUUCCCUGGUCGUGCUCAGCUACCCGGCUCUUGAGGUGCUGUAUGAGGAUUGCCGGAUGGUGGCUGUGAGUGCCCCGUACGUGGCAGGAUUCUUGGCCUUCCGGGAGGUCCCUUUCCUGGUGGAAGCUGUUCAGAGGCUUCAGCAGGAGGAGCCCAAGCUCAAGCCUCAGGUACUUCUUGUAGAUGGGAAUGGCCUGCUCCAUCCCAGAGGGUUUGGUGUGGCUUGUCACCUCGGAGUCCUGACAGAUCUACCAUGCAUUGGAGUGGCCAAGAACCUCCUGCAGGUGGAUGGCUUAGCCAAGGAUGAGCUGCACAGAGAGCAGAUCCGUUCCCUGCAGAGGGAAGGAGAUACAUUCCCGCUGACAGGCGCUUCGGGGAGGCUGCUGGGCAUGGUCCUGCGUAGCUGCAGCAACAGCUCUAGGCCGCUUUACGUCUCGGUGGGGCACAGGGUGUGCCUGGGGACAGCUGUGCGCCUGGUCCAGUCCUGCUGCCGGUACCGCAUCCCGGAGCCCAUCCGCCAGGCUGACAUUAGAUCGAGGGAGUACAUUCGGAAGCAGCUGUGUUCACCGCUGGAGGUCGUGUCUUCUGGGGCGCUGAGGUGGGUGUGUGGGCAGCUGCCUCCCCAAAGGGAUCUGCUCAUGUAAUGAUCUUCAGUAAUGGCAUUAAAGGGACAGGCUGGGUAACAAGAAAAAAGGAGGCUGGGCUGGAUGAUUAGGAUGAUGCCAGAAGAAAAUGCAGGACUGCUCUUCACUGGAUCCUCUCCUCCACCAAGACUGUGGGUCUGUCAAAUGCCAUCCCAGGGGAGAGCAGUGCAAGGCCAUGUCAGUCAGGACAUGGUGCAUGGUUCAAUGGGGCAGGCACCAGCUUCUGUUGAAGGAUAAUGUUUAGAAUAUAUUUCUCAGGGUUUAUUUUUAAGCAUUGUAAAAAUAUUUGUGUAAGUAAAUACCCUUGUAAGUUUGCAACAA